AUGUCCUUAAAGUUGCCAAAUGCUCCAAAUGCUGGUCUUUUCAAGCAAGGGUACCAAACAUAUUCUAAUGCCGAUGGUGCUGUGAAUAGAAAUGUUGAGGCAUGUAAAGAAAUUGCGUCGAUGGUUUUAACAUCCAUUGGCCCAUGCGGUAGAAACAAGAUUAUCGUGAAUCAUUUACAAAAGGUUUUCAUCACAAAUGAUGCUGCCACUAUGUUGAAAGAGUUGGAUGUUGUGCAUCCAGCCGUGAAAUUGAUGGUUAUGGCUUCCGAACAGCAAGAAAUGGAAAUGGGAGAUCAAACCAGUUUGGUUAUCAUUUUGGCAGGGGAAUUAUUGAUCCAGGCACAGAAAUUGAUAACUCUUGGGUUGAAUCCAACUGAAAUUAUUCAAGGUUACAACAUGGCCAACGUACAUGCUUUAGAAUACUUGGAAAAACACUUGACCGUUGACAAAGUGGACGAUUUUUAUGACGCCAACAGCUUACAAAAAAUCAUAAAGCCAGUUUUGGCGUCCAAACAAUAUGGACACGAAGAUGUUUUGUCAGAGUUGGUCAUUGAAGCCAUCAAAUACGUUUUGCCAAGACAGCAAGGCAAUGAUGGUCCAGAAAGUGGUGUUUUGAAGAAUUUCAACGUUGACAGUAUUAGAAUUGUCAAGAUUCUUGGGUCAUCAAUAGAAAACUCCUACGUUAUCAAGGGGAUGGUCUUCCCAAGAGAGCCAGAAGGACAGAUUAAGAACAUCACCCAAAAAUCCAAGGUGGCGGUGUUUACAUGUCCUAUUGAUAUUUCCACCACUGAAACUAAGGGUACCGUGUUAUUACAUAAUGCCAAAGAAAUGUUAGAUUUUAGUAAAGGUGAAGAGGAGCAAUUGGAACAAAUUGUUAAGGAAAUCUACGAAGCUGGCAUCAAGGUGGUUAUCGCUGGCUCUAGUGUCGGUGAUCUCGUUUUGCAUUACAUGAACAGAUACGGUAUACUAUUAUUGAAGGUUCCAUCCAAGUUUGAUUUAAGAAGAGUUUGUCGUGUUUGUGGUGCUACUCCAUUGCCAAGAUUGGGUGCUCCAUUACCAGAAGAAGCUGGGGUUAUUGAUCUUGUGGAAACCAAGGAAAUUGGUGGCGACAGAGUCACCGUCUUCACUCAAGACAGUGAGGCUACUAGAACCUCUACCAUUGUGUUGAGAGGCGCAACUCAAAAUUCUUUGGAUGAUAUCGAAAGAGCUAUUGAUGAUGCUGUUAGUUCCAUCAAGGGUUUGACCAAAGAUACCAGAUUAGUUCCAGGUGCCGGUUCUUCUGAAGCUGAGUUAGUGGAUGCCGUUACCAAAUAUGGUGAAAAGACUCCAGGUUUAUUGCAAUUGGCCAUCAAGAAUUUUGCGGAAGCCUUCGAAGUUGUUCCAAGAACUUUAGCCGAUACUGCUGGUUUGAACUCUACAGAAAUCAUCCCAAGAUUGUAUGCUGCUCAUACCAACAAUAGCAAAGAAGGUAUUUUCCAAGGGAUCGAUGUCGAUAAUGAAAAUGGAACAGGUCUUGUGGACGUGAGAGAAAGACAAAUCUAUGAUCUUUUUGUAAGUAAGAAGUCUGCCAUCAACUUGGCAACUGAGGCUGCUUGUACCAUUUUAUCUGUUGAUCAAAUUAUCAUGGCUAAGAGAGCCGGUGGUCCAGUUAUGCCUAACCAACCAAGACCAGGUAACUGGGAUCAAGCUGACUAA